AUGGCACUAACACUUCUAUUACCAUCUACCGAGAAUAAAACGUCAUUAGCAGAGUUAGACAAUGAUACAAAAAAUAAUAGUGAUUUAUUAAUUAUUCCGCAAUGUAACGUGUCAUCAGAAGAAGAAAAAUUACCAGUAAGAGAAACAUGGCCAACAAAAUGUGAUUAUUUGGUAACAACGUUAGGAGGGCUAAUAGGACUAGGCAGCAUUUGGCGUUUUCCCUAUCUGGCAUUUCAAAAUGGUGGAGCAACAUUUGUUAUUCCGUAUGUUAUUAUUAGUUUAUUAUGUGGCAUACCCUUGUUGAUGAUGGAAACUGCUCUCGGUCAAUUUUCAUCCGAGGGUCCCGUAGGUUGUUGGAAUUUUGCACCAGCUAUGAAAGGCAUUGGUAUUGCAUCGGUACUCAUCUCAUUUUCUGGAGCAUUAUAUUAUGUUAUGAUUAUGGUUUGGGGUGGCAUUUAUUUAGUACACUCGUUUGCUACCAUUGGAAAACAACUGCCGUGGAGUGAUAACGCGAUAGAAAAUUUAGCUGGUAUAAAUUCUACAUUGCAGUUCUCAAAUCAAAGUGUUAUUACAUCUGUUGAAAAAUUUUGGAAUGAUUCAAUACUGAAUAAAUCGCACGAUCUAUCUGGUCUAUCCACAUUUCAUUGGCCAAAUGUAGUGGGUUUAUUUGUCAUGUGGUGUAUUAUCUAUUUUUGUUUAUGGAAAGGUAUCAAACUAACGAGUCGUGUAGCAGUAUUUACAGCAUUUUUUCCCUAUAUACCAAUGAUUGCAUUAUUUAUUCGUGGUAUAACAUUAGAGGGUUCAUGGUAUGGAUUACAAUACUAUUUAAUACCUGAUGUCAAACAGUUGUUGAGCUCGAAAGCUUGGACUCAAGCUGCCGGUCACGUUUUAUGGGCCUACGGUAUCGGAUGGGGCAUCAUUCCCGCGCUUUCCUCUUACAAUCGUCCAGAUUAUAAUUUUUUUAAUGAUAUUCUCAUAACUGGCACAACAAGUAUAUUAACAAAUAUUUUUAGUGGUUUCGUCGUUUUUCCCGUAACAUGUGAAUCAGUAUUAACAGGUGCAUUUGAUAAAAUAAGCGGGCUUCGAAAAAAAAAAAAAAAAUUACGUGAAAUAAUUGUAGCUAUUUAUGUUCUGAUAUCGUUUCUAUGUGGGCUGCCGAUGUGUACAAAAGCUGGCUUUUACAUUUUCAAUUUAUUUGAUUCUUAUAUUUGUGGCACAUUACCCUUACUGAUCAUUUGUAUUAUCGAACUAUUUACCGUUCUUUUCUGUUAUCGUACAACAUUGUCGUCUUGGUUUGAGAAACGAAAACCCAAUGCAUGGCCAGGGAAGCUGUUUAUAAGGCAUAUAAGUGAAGUAUUAAAACGAAAUUUGACGUUUAUUUGGAUAUGUUGGUUAUUUAUUAUUCCCAUUUGGUUAUUUGGUAUGCUAAGUAUAGCUGAAGCAUUUGAACCACCACAUCAACAACCAUUACUCGCUAUUACCAAAUGUCAUGUUUUAAAAUUAUUUAUUUGA